UCCAGUCAAGGUCAGCGACGAAAAGGAGGUAGUUUUAUUUACAAGAUGACUUCAUUAUAUGCUAAAAAGAUGACAAUGCUUGCUGGACGAAUAUUUAAAGAUGUCGGUAAACAAGUUGAUACUAAAUCAAUGAAAAUUUUUCGUAUUAUGAAAGAAUUACCACGUCCAAUAAUUUUAAAAGAUUAUUAUCCUCCUUUAGAAGAAUAUAGUAAUAUUUUACACCAACUACGUUAUAUCGGCUUGUAUAGAGAUGAACAUGCUGAUUUUCGUGAAGAAAUGGCACGUCUACGUCAGUUACGUGGUAAAGGUAAACGAAGGAAAGGUGAACGUAAACAACAAGGAGGAGAAUCAUAAAAAUGACAUGAUUUAAUUUUGAAAGUAAUAUUUUGUAUAUAUUUGCUGAAAGUAUAUGAAUAGUAUUGUAUUUGAUUUUUAGAAAAAUGUUUGUUUCUAUCUGUUAAUUAAGUUGAAUUCUUUGUGAUACUUCUUAGUUAAAAGAUUCUUGUUGAAGUAAACAUUUUCAAAAGAAAACAUUGAAUGCUCG